GGCAGCCGGGCAGCCCGGCCUCCCUCAGCGGAAGGGGCGGCGCGGCGGCGGGGCGUUGUGCCGGGCCGUGCCGAGCCGAGCCGAGCCAUGGCGGCGGGCGGGGAGCAGGAGGGCGGCUGCGAGCACUACCGGCGGGGCUGCCUGCUGCGGGCGCCGUGCUGCGGGAAGCUGUACCCCUGCCGCCUGUGCCACGACGGCGCCGAGGAGCACCGGCUCGACCGCUUCCGCGUGGCCGAGGUGCAGUGCAGCCGCUGCCGCCUCCUCCAGAAGGCCCAGCAGCGCUGCGAGGGCUGCCAGAGCCUCUUCGGCGAGUACUACUGCGGCGUGUGCCACCUCUUCGACCGCGACAAGAAGCAGUACCACUGCGACGAGUGCGGCAUCUGCAGGAUUGGCCCAAAGGAGGAUUUCUUCCACUGCUCAAAAUGCAACUUGUGUCUAAGCUUGAGCCUUCGAGGAAAGCACAAGUGCAUCGAAAAUGUCUCCAGACAGGAUUGUCCAAUAUGUUUGGAGGAUAUUCACACAUCCCGUGUUGAAGCUCGUGUUCUGCCAUGUGGUCAUCUUCUGCACAAAACAUGUUAUGAGGAGAUGUUAAAGGAAGGUUACAGAUGUCCUUUGUGCAUGCACUCGGCUUUAGAUAUGAGAAGGUACUGGCGGCAGCUGGAUGAUGAAGUAGCACAGACUCCUAUGCCCACAGAGUAUCAGAACAUAAUGGUGGAGAUCCUUUGUAAUGAUUGCAAUGCCCGCUCUACAGUGCAGUUCCAUCUCCUAGGCAUGAAGUGUACAAACUGUGAAUCGUAUAAUACUGCCCAAGAUGGAAAAUCCAAGCAGCCUGCGGAGUAGCAGUGACUAAGAUACGUGCUACAUACGGCUGGACAUGGAAGACCUUACUGUGGAAGAGGCUAUCUAUUAAAAAAUAAUAAUAAUAAAUUUUCAGUAAAAGUUAACUCAGAGUUGUCACACCGACAGCGAAGAUUUUGUGCUGGUGCAAAGGAGUUCUGCAAGCAGUGUCCCCCUCCCUAGUACCUGGGGCACCACGCAGUUGGGAAGCUCCCCAUCGGGCGGUGCGAUACCAGCAAGGGUCAGUCUCUGGAGAGAGUGGUUUACCCCGCCAGGGAGGAGACAGCUCGGCAGCAUAACUAGUGAGGUGCAAAAUGGGAAACUGCUGUAAGCAGCAGCUGUCAGAGCAGAGCGUGUUCUGGGGCAGCCGAAGGUUGUGAGUGUAACGCGGGGUGGAGGUAUAGCUGUUCUGGCUGCAGCUGUGGGGGAAAAUUGGGAGCUUUAAGAGUGGCCUUUUACAUAAUGCUGACAUCUGCAAAGUUUUGCAUGAGAACAUUUUGUUCUUUGAAAUGACGUGUUUGUUCUAGGGCUUUGGAGCCAUCGGUGCAAGCGGAUGGAAGCUUGCAGAAAUUGCAUCCCUUACUUUGAUUUGUUGACGUGCACACAUGCACGGUACAAACUUCCAUUUUAAAAGCAACACUGGUCUGCGUGGGUACAUGUGAUGAAUGGCCUAAAAAUCACGCAAGGCUGCCCCUCUCCCAAGGGUCCACCCCACCUGGUGUCUCUUCAUGCAGAUUCCUUUGCCAGCUGCAGUUACAUUCACACGGCUUUUGAUCCUCGGUUGUUUUGUUCUCUUACAAAGGGCUUUAGGCAGGCAGGUAGCUUGAUGUUUUGCUGGUUAGGUAACAUUAAAUGGAGCACGUACCAUUGUCUUGUCAGACUAAUAUUGGGCUGACUAAUCCAUCUGAGCCUGGGGUGUUUGCUAAAGUAACAGCAGUUCAGAGAGGGACUCGAGUAGCACAGGCACCAGGUUUCUGUGAUUUAUUAUUACUAUUUUUUUUUUAUGUGGCAUCUUCAUUGUGGUCAGAGAAGGUACGAUGGAGAAAUGCUUUCUUCUGAAAAACAAAACCUCCCCCCCUUCUCUUCUGUGUGAUAUCCUGCCCAAAGUGUUUUGCGAACUAAGUAUCACAGAAAGUUCUUCGUUUCUGAGAAUUUCAGAAUGUGCAGUGUCCCAGUUGCAUGAAAUGUCAGGGGAACGUGACAACAGUUUCUCUUUGCGGUACAACUACUCGUCUUUAACUUGCUCUAUUGUAAAGCAACAGACUUGAUCUGGCAGUGCCCCUUUAUGUCUGAAAUAUUAGGAAUCGGAUGAUAGCAUUUACUGUAGCUUGCUUAAUUAUCUCUUUCUGAAGCACUUUUCUCAGUGCCAUAAAUGUAAAACAAUGUGUAUUAAAACAAAUUAUGCCGUG